UUAUUUUUGUAUUUUGUGUAUGUAUGUACAGCCCCACUUCCCAAUAACCCUCCUUGCUUCCUCCUACACCUUACCUAUCUUCUCUCCCUCUUUCUCUCUUCCUCUCUCACAUUUUCAGGUGGUGUAGGGACCUAUGGAAGCUCAAGAGGAAGCCACCGCCACCGCCGUCGUAAAGGGCAAAAGAACCAAACGACAAAGGCUUCAAUCACCUGUCCCUUUCGCCAAUCUAACCGCCCAUUCCUCCAGCAGCGAAGGAGAUGGAGACGGUGAUGGAGAUGUGCAGUUUACUAAUGGAAAGAUUUCCACAAACGUAUCACCAACCACUUCUCAAGAAUUUCAAGAUAGCACAGAAGAGGAAGAAGAUAUGGCUAAUUGCCUUAUUCUCCUUGCUCAAGGCCAUAGUAAUAAUAAUAACAAGCAAGAUAACAAUGAAGUUGCCGGAGUUUACAGCCCCACCAUCACCGCCGCCGCCGCCACCACUACCUCCAAAUUCAAUAGUAGAAGGUUCUUGGAAACUGGCUGUCCGGGUUCCGGCAAAGUGGGAUACUAUGUUUAUGAAUGCAAGACUUGUAACAGAGCAUUCCCAUCUUUCCAAGCAUUGGGUGGCCAUAGGGCAAGUCACAAGAAGCCUAAGAAUGAUGAAAAGAAGCAGUUUGCGAUAUUUUCCGAUGAAGAAGACGGACACUUGAGAGAUAUUUCUUCACUUUCUCUUCAAUUGAGCAAUAAUAAUAGCAAUAAUAAUAGAGGUAUGUACAGCAGUAGCAAUCAAAACAAGAACAAGAUUCAUGAGUGUUCCAUUUGUGGUGCGGAGUUCACCUCCGGCCAAGCCUUGGGGGGCCAUAUGAGGCGGCACCGGACACCUAUAGGAGCUAAUAGUAGCACAACUUUGUUAUUACCACAUGUGGGUGUAGAAUCUGAGGAACCCAAGAAAGCAAGAAACCAACUUUCCUUGGAUUUAGAUCUCAAUCUUCCAGCACCAGAAGAUGAAAUAUUCUCCAUUGCUUCCAAGCAACAAAAACAACCCAAAACGCAGCAGCAGCAGCAGCAGCAGCAACAGAAGCCAUCUCUUGUCUUCUCUCGCCCAGCUUUGGUGGAUUGUCAUUACUAAUGGAGGUUUUUUUUUUUUCACACUUGAUUGAUCUCAAAUUCUUUUUUGUAGAAUACAAAGGAUUAUAAUUAAGAUUCUUUUUAUUCUUUCCACCUUUACAUCUUGAUCAAAUUAAGCUUACAUAUAUAUGAUGGAGUUUUAUGAAUUCUUUGUAAAAUUUGUAGCUACUUAUUUGUAUUUCUCUAUUUCAUGAAAAUUUCAUGAUGGGUAUCUUUAUUUUCUUAUCUUUAUGGUUUUUUUUUCCUUUUUAUGAAAAUAUUCAAGUUUUGAUCACCACUAAGACAAGCAACAAAAGCCUGUGGCUUAGGUUUCAUUGUUUCAUUUACAAGAAUGCCUAUUUCUUUCUCUCACUAUCUCUAUCACACACAUGUACACAUGUUUUGGUAAGAAGAAUAGAAUAAAAGCACAAAGGAAAGCCUGCAAGUAACUGCAUUUCUCAUAUGAAGCCACCUUUUGUCUCUUCUCUUUUAUCUUAAAAUAACAAAUUGCUUUCAGAAAAAGUUGCUAAAUUUAUUUACUAUUUUUGUUCUUUUCUUUGCUUGGUCCACCUCUCUCUUGUAGUUAGUUAGUCGUCUACUCAAUCAACCUAAUCACUGUCUCUAUCAGCAAUCAUCCACUGCUUCUUCACCCACAUAUCUUAACAUGGAUGCUCAAGCACAACCAUUGUCUUCUAAAUUUCAGAUAUGGCUCCCUUCUACUACAUGGGUUAUGGGUGCAUUCAAUGCUGGCUACCAAAUUAAUUAGAUAUUAUAAAACAAAGCCUGAGGCUGAGGCAUAAUUAAGCAUCGUAUAGUCAGAAGGGUGGCGAUGAUAUCCAGUAAUGCAGACAAACAGCUAGCCUUAACUGUAGCAAACCCUCGUCCAUGUAAAUUAUGGCAAUUUUUAAAGC